AUGGAGAGAGCCAAAAUUCUUAAGGACUAUAAGAAACCUGGCACGUUAAACAGCCGUAAAGAGGUGUUUUCUAAAUAUAUCAAAGAUGGGAACCUGAAGUCGAUUCUGGGAUUGUUUUUCAGUCUUUCUCGGUUUAAGCAGCAGCAGAAAUCACACCAACAACAACAAAAACAACAACAAAACCUUCAGCAGCAGCAGCAGCAGCAACAACAACAACAACAACAACAGCAGCAACAACAGCACCAACAACAACAACACCAGCAAAACCAACACCAACAACAGCAGCAACACCAUCAUCAUCAACAACAACAGCAACACCACCAUCAACAACAACAACAAAAACAAUCACAUUCUCAAUCUGCGCAGCAACCCAUCCACCAUCACCACCAUGAAUCUAAGUUAUCUGCAAAUCAAAUAGACCACCAGCAAAAUCAAAGUACCGGGGAGACUAUAAGUUCAGCCGUUGGAAAGAGCACAUCACAUGUAAACGGAGGGGAAAUGUUAUCAAG